AUGGCGGCUGCGUUCUUUCAAGCAGAGAUGUCAGUGUUAUCCUCUACGUUGGCGCGCUCGUACUCGAUUCCCUUCCGCAAAACGCUAAUGUCCUUCAGUUUUCGAAUUGCAAUGGAACGAAACCCUUCCCUAAGAAUUCGAUGUUCUCGCGUUGCUGCUUUCAGCUCGUCUCCUUCGCAUUCACGAAAUUUUCCAGUUCCAGGGAUAGAGGACGUUUUUGUUGGUUAUCUAUUUGGGAGGACGAAGGCAACAGAAGUAGCUCAUGUAAUCCAAAAGGGGGACAUUGUAGUUGAUGCUACAUGUGGAAAUGGCAACGAUACUUUAGCAAUGUUGAAGAUGGUUACAGAUGAUUCUGAUGGUUAUGGUGGCCAUGUCUAUGCAUUGGACAUUCAGAAAGACGCCAUAGAGAGCACUUCCUCUUUGCUAGAUCAAACCCUUGGCUCAAAAGAGAAGGAACGCGUCAAACUCUUUAACAUCUGUCAUAGUAAGAUGGAAGAGAUUGUUCCUGAAAACUCCCGUGUGAGGAUGGUUGCAUUUAAUCUGGGGUAUCUUCCAGGUGGAAACAAGUCGAUAAUCACUGUCUCGGAUACAACAUUAUCUGCGUUGAAGGCUGCUGAGAGAGUGUUGAUGCCCGGUGGCCUCAUCAGCUUGGUGGUUUACAUUGGUCAUCCUGGUGGAAGGGAAGAGUUAGAUGUGGUUGAAGCUUUUGCCUCGGGUUUACCGGUCAGUGAUUGGGUCUGCUGCAAAUUUCAAAUGUUGAACCGGCCGUUAGCACCGGUUCCUGUUUUCAUGUUUAAGAGAGAAAAGUGA